CCUCCCCUCCCAGUGUCUGAUAAAAACUUGUCAAUAAAUGGGCACGUUGUUUCUCGAACUUGCUCUUUUGCUUUCGUCGUCACACCGACACCACCUCAUAUUUCCGAAAUCCAGUCUCCCAGCUGGCUGCAAAGUUCGUCCUCAGUGCAGGUCAACAGUGAAAACAGUGUCAGCCAUGUCUGCUUUCCUGCACCACUGUCCAUUCCUGAAGACUGUCUCGCAUACCGCCCUGCGGAGGUCGGGCCUCGGUCUCUUCUCUCUGGCCGACAGGUGCCCAGUCGUCAUUCAGCAGGUGGCCACGAAUGCUACCCUGGCCCAGAAACCAAAGGACAGUGCCCCCCACAAAGGCCCCCAGCGCUCCCUGGCCCAGGCUGCCAGCCAGUUGGCUGUUUCCAUGGCAAAAGGCUGCCCCUUUGUGUCCUCCCAGAUCGGAGUGGUGCAGGCGAGGCCUGAGGUGCAGGAGGACAUCCAGCCCACAGGGGGUAUACUGAAAUCCCUGCUAAGCAGUUUACAGAACCUGACCCAUGACAAGACCACCUCCCACAAGGACAAUAUGAAACGCUCCAGUUUUGAUUAUGAUGCCUUUUUUGAGGAGAAGAUUGCUGUGAAGAAGAGAGACCACACUUACCGCAUAUUCAAGACUGUGAACCGCCGGGUCGACAGUUUCCCGUUUGCUGAAGAUUACUCUGUGGCUGGUCAUAAUGGGUCCCUCGUGUCUGUCUGGUGUAGCAACGACUACCUGGGAAUGAGCAGCCACCCCGGUGUACUGGAUGCAAUCCGCGGUGCUCUGAACAAGCAUGGCUCCGGGGCAGGUGGCACCAGGAACAUCUCUGGCACCAGCAACUACCAUGUGGAGUUGGAGAAGGAACUGGCCGCACUGCAUGGCAAGGAUUCUGCAUUGGUCUUCUCAUCCUGCUUCGUGGCCAAUGACUCCACCCUCUUCACACUGGCCAAGAUGCUGCCAGGCUGCGAGAUCUAUUCGGAUGCUGGGAACCACGCAUCCAUGAUCCAGGGGCUGCGCAACAGUGGUGCCAAGCGCUUCAUCUUCCGCCACAAUGACGUUGAGCACCUGCAGGAGCUUCUCAGCCGCUCUGACCCCAAAACACCCAAAAUCGUGGCUUUUGAGACGGUGCACUCCAUGGACGGGGCCAUCUGCCCAUUGGAGGAGCUGUGUGACGUGGCACAUCGCCAUGGAGCCUUGACUUUCAUUGAUGAGGUGCAUGCGGUGGGACUGUAUGGAGCCCAUGGUGCCGGGAUUGGGGAGAGAGAUGGUGUUAUGGACAAGAUGGACAUCAUCUCUGGCACAUUAGGCAAGGCCUUCGGCUGUGUGGGCGGCUACAUUGCCGGUAACGUUGCCCUGGUGGAUACCGUGCGUUCCUACGCUGCAGGCUUCAUCUUCACCACCUCCCUGCCCCCCAUGGUCCUGGCAGGGGCGCUGGAGUCCGUAAGGGUCCUCAGGGGACCCGAGGGCCAAAGGCUGAGGCGGGCGCACCAGAGGAACGUCAAGCACAUGCGGCAGCUACUUCUGGACGCUGGGCUGCCUGUCAUCAACUGUCCCAGUCACAUCAUCCCCAUUCGUGUGGGCAAUGCAGAACAGAACUCUAAGGUUUGUAACAUCCUGCUUGAGAGACACCAGAUCUACGUGCAAGCCAUCAACUACCCAACUGUCCCAAGGGGGGAGGAGCUACUGCGCCUUGCGCCAUCCCCCCACCAUGACCCAGCAAUGAUGGAAUACUUCAUAGAAAAACUGAUGGAGGCGUGGCAGGAGGUUGGCCUUCCAUUAAACAAGCCAGUAACUGCUGCCUGCAACUUCUGUGACCGGCCGCUGUACUUUGACCUGAUGAGUGAAUGGGAAAAAUCCUAUUUUGGCAACAUGGAGCCCAAGUACAUCACAGUGUCUGCCUGACAGGAGAGCUGCAUGUGAAGAAAGGCAUUGUGGGAAAUUGUAUUUCACUGUCAAAAGAAUAUACUCUUUUAAUAUA